AUGGAAAGAAAAACAUCUCAAAUUCAACCUCCAACUUAUGGAGAUUUCAUCACUGUUCUUAGCAUCGAUGGAGGUGGUAUUCGAGGAAUUAUUCCAGCUACCAUACUUAGUUUUCUCGAAUCUCAACUUCAGGAGUUUGAUGGAAAAGAUGCAAGACUUGCAGAAUACUUUGACGUCAUUGCCGGAACGAGCACCGGUGGCCUCGUGACGGCAAUGCUAACGGCACCAGAUGAAAAUAAUCGUCCGUUUUAUGCGGCGAAAGAUAUUAUUCCGUUCUAUUUGGAGCAUUGUCCAAAGAUUUUUCCACAAAAUAAAUGUGGUUUGUUUGCUUCGAUGAGGAAGAUGGUGCAAGCUCUAAUAGGACCAAAAUAUGAUGGGAAAUACUUACAUGAAGUCAUCAAGGAAAAAUUGAAAGAUAGUUUACUUAGUAAUACUAUCACUAAAGUUGUUAUUCCCACUUUUGAUAUCAAGAAGUUGCAACCAACUAUUUUCUCCACUUAUGAGGCGAAACGAUCUGCACGUUAUGAUGCAAAAUUAUCCGAUAUUUGUAUUAGUACAUCAGCAGCUCCUACUUAUCUUCCAGCUCAUUAUUUCAAAGUUGAAGAUGACACAGGAAAUAUUAGAGAACAUAAUCUCAUUGAUGGUGGCGUUGCUGCUAAUAAUCCGUGUUUAAUUGCAAUAUCAGAAGUAAGCAAAGAAAUAUUGAAGGAAAACUCAGAUUUCUUCCCAAUAAAACCAAUGGAUUAUGGUCGUUUCCUUGUAAUAUCAAUAGGGACAGGAGCUCCAAAAUUUGAACAAGUAUAUAAUUCAUCCAUGGCAGCCAAAUGGGGUAUCGUCGAUUGGUUAUUUCACAAAGGUUACACACCAUUGUUUGAAGUAUUCACACAAUCAAGUGCUGAUAUGAUUGAUUACCAUAAUUCUGUUGUUUUUCAAGCUCUUCAUAGUGAAGAUAGUUACCUUCGAAUUCAAGAGGAUGGACUAAGUGGAACAGAGGCCUCAGUGGAUGUGGCUACAAAGGAAAAUUUGGAGAGGUUAGUGGAAAUUGGAGAAAAAUUAUUGAAAAAACCACUUUCAAGGGUAAAUUUGGAAACAGGUUUAGAACCAAUUCCUAGAGGAGGCACUAAUGAAGAAGCCCUUAAGAGGUUUGCAAAAUUAUUAGUCGAUGAAAGAAGAUUGCGCGAGUUAAGAUCGCCAGUUGUCAAAAAUGUCUCGGAGUAA